AUGGACGACAGAGAUUUAGUGGAGGAUCUCGUAGGCGAGGCGGAGGGUUACCCGAGCGCUCAAGUCGAAGCCUCCAUUUUCGGAUCCGAGCCGGAACCAGAAUACUGCAAGUACAGCACAGGCCACAUACGAGAAGAAAUAGGGUUUGAUGGUCGAUACCUCAACUUUCGUCCCGAUAGCGCCAAAAUUGGACAGAUUCAGUCCUUUGGGUGUUUGUUACUUGUUGAAGAGAGCUCGUUUCGUAUUCUCGCGCUUAGUCGGAACGCGGUUGAGAUGUUGGAGAUCGAUGCGCUUCCCGGAAACCCGGACUGGAAAGGCGCGAUAGGACUCGAUGCCCGUAGUUUGUUUAAACUAACGAGCGUGGCUACGAUUGAGAGAGCGUGCAGCGCGACGGAUCUGAACAUCGUUUGCCCUAUCCUCGUUAGCUCACACCGAUCGGCUAACCCGUUUUACGCUAUCAUGAGAAGAUGCGAGGAAGGCUUAAUGAUCGAUUUUGAGCCGUUGAAAUUCGAUCCGCCGUCAGGCCCCGUCACAGGAGCGCUCGCGUCUCACAAACUCGCUGCGCGAGCCGUGGCGAGAUUGAAGUCGCUUCCUGUUGGCGACGUGCGGUUGCUGUGUAACACCGUCGUGGAGGAGAUUGGCGAAAUGACUGGUUACGAUCGCAUCAUGGUGUACAAGUUUCACGAAGACGAGCACGGCGAAGUGCUGGCGGAGUUUCUCAACAACCAGAAGAUCGAAUCAUAUCUGGGAUUGCAUUAUCCCGCGACAGACAUUCCCAUGAUGGCGCGCAGAACAUUCAUGGAAAAUCGAGUGCGAAUGAUAGUGGACAGCAAGGCAGCGGGGGUGGACGUGCUGCAUCAGGGCGCGCUGCCAGGGGGGCUGUCUCUGGCGCACAGCACGGUGCGCAUGGUGCGGUCGUGCCACCGCGAGUACAUGGCCAACAUGGGCACUCUGGCGUCUCUUGUGCUCGCGAUCACUGUCAGCACCGGUUGGGGAAUUUUGGGGGCCUGUCUGUCCCUGGCGCACAGCUCGGUGCGCAUGGUGCGGUCGUGCCACCGCGAGUACAUGGCCAACAUGGGCACGCUUGCAUCGCUCGUGCUCGCGAUUACCGUCAGCACGGGGGAAGCAGGGGCGGCAGCAGCUGCAGCAGCGGCACCAUCCAAUGAUGUCGCCGGGGCUGGGAAGGCGGUUCGGGCCGAGCCUGGGCGGCGGCUGUGGGGGCUGGUCGUAUGUCACCACUGCUCACCCUGCAUGGUGCCCUACCCUACCCGCUCCGCCUGCGAAUUCCUCGUCCAGGUGUUCGCAGUGCAGCUGAGCAAGGAGAUGGAUCUGGCGAAUCAGCUCAAGGCGAAGCACGCGCUCAAGAUGCAGACGCUGCUGUGCGACAUGCUCAUGCGCGAGCCACCCGUGGCGCUCGUCACCAAGACACCCAACAUCAGCGACCUGGUUCACUGUGACGGCGCCGCUCUGCUGUACAAUGGACGCUGCUGGAGACUGGGGUCCACUCCCUCUGAGCCCCAGGUGCUGAACAUAGCGGAGUGGCUGCUGACACAUCACAGUGACUCCACAGGAUUCAGCACCGACUCGCUGCUCAAUGCUGGCUACCCGCACGCGUCUGACCUGGGCGAGGAGGUGUGCGGACUGAUAGCUGUCAAGUUCAGCGAUAAAGACUUCCUCAUGUGGUUCCGCGCGCAUGCAGCGAAGGAGGUGCGGUGGGGCGGCGAGAAGCACGACCCGUUAGACGUGGACGACCCCACGCGCAUGCACCCUCGCACCUCCUUCAAGGCCUUCCUCGAGACCGUGCACAUGCGCUCGCAGCCCUGGGAGGACGUUGAGAUGGACGCUGUGCACAGCCUGCAGUUGAUUCUGCGAUCCGCUCUACAGGGCCAUUCCGCCCACCUCCCCAUUCCCCCCUCGCUUCCUCCUCCUUCGGGCCAUCCAGCCCACCUCCCCCUUCCCCCUCGCUUCCUCCUCCUUCGGGCCAUCCAGCCCACCUCCCCCUUCCCCCUCGCUUCCUCCUCCUUCGGGCCAUCCAGCCCACCUCCCCCUUCCCCCUCUCUUCCUCCUCCUUCGGGCCAUCCAGCCCCCCUCCCCCUUCCCCCUCGCUUCCUCCCCCUAAGGGCCAUCCAGCCCACCUCCCCCUUCCCCCUCGCUUCCUCCUCCUUCGGGCCAUCCAGCCCACCUCCCCCCUUCCCCCUCGCUUCCUCCUCCUUCGGGCCAUCCAGCCCACCUCCCCCUUCCCCCUCGCUUCCUUUCCGCCGCAGCAGCCCUCCCGCUGCCGCCGCCGUUUCCCUUCCGCCGCAGCAGCCCUCCCGCUGCCGCCGCCGUUUCCCUUCCGCCGCAGCAGCCCUCCCGCUGCCGCCGCCGUUUCCCUUCCGCCGCAGCAGCCCUCCCGCUGCCGCCGCCGUUUCCCUUCCGCCGCAGCAGCCCUCCCGCUGCCGCCGCCGUUUCCCUUCCGCCGCAGCAGCCCUCCCGCUGCCGCCGCCGUUUCCCUUCCGCCGCAGCAGCCCUCCCGCUGCCGCCGCCGUUUCCCUUCCGCCGCAGCAGCCCUCCCGCUGCCGCCGCCGUUUCCCUUCCGCCGCAGCAGCCCUCCCGCUGCCGCCGCCGUUUCCCUUCCGCCGCAGCGGCCCUCCCGCUGCCGCCGCCGUUUCCCUUCCGCCGCAGCGGCCCUCCCGCUGCCGCCGCCGUUUCCCUUCCGCCGCAGCAGCCCUCCCGCUGCCGCCGCCGUUUCCCUUCCGCCGCAGCAGCCCUCCCGCUGCCGCCGCCGUUUCCCUUCCGCCGCAGCAGCCCUCCCGCUGCCGCCGCCGUUUCCCUUCCGCCGCAGCAGCCCUCCCGCUGCCGCCGCCGUUUCCCUUCCGCCGCAGCAGCCCUCCCGCUGCCGCCGCCGUUUCCCUUCCGCCGCAGCAGCCCUCCCGCUGCCGCCGCCGUUUCCCUUCCGCCGCAGCAGCCCUCCCGCUGCCGCCGCCGUUUCCCUUCCGCCGCAGCAGCCCUCCCGCUGCCGCCGCCGUUUCCCUUCCGCCGCGGCAGCCCUCCCGCUGCCGCCGCCGUCCCUCUUCGCCGCCGCCGCACCCGUCGGCUGUUGGGCUGCCUUCUCAACAGUCGCCCCCCUCUCUUCGGCUGGCAUGCCGCGUCAUCCGCCACAUCUAUUACCGGGAGCACGAUGAGGUGAAGAGGAGGCAGCUUAUGCUAGCCAGAGUGGCAGAGCUGCGGCUGCAGAGCAUGGACGAGAUCAACCAGGUGGCCAAUGAGACGGUGCUUCGUGCUUGUUGCCAUACCAUGUGCCCUUACCCGUGCUUAUUGCCGUAUGACCUUCCGUGCCUCCCCUCCCCCCAGGAACAUGACGAGGAGCACGAUGAAGUGAAAAGGCGACAAUUGAUGCUAGCACGAGUGGCAGAGCUGCGGCUGCAGAGCAUGGACGAGAUCAACCAGGUGGCGAACGAGACGGUGCCCUGUGCUUAUUACUGUGAGCGAGCCUUAUAUCUGGCUGGCUGGCUGGCUCCCUUCCCCGCCUCCUCCCUGCCAUUCCCUCCAUGCUCCCUUCAGGAACACGACGAGGUGAAGCGGCGACAACUAAUGCUAGCACGAGUGGCAGAGCUGCGGCUGCAGAGCAUGGACGAGAUCAACCAGGUGGCGAAUGAGACGGUGCGCAUCAUUGAGACCGCCACCGUGCCCAUCCUGGGCGUCAACCGCAACGGCCAGAUCAACGGCUGGAACAUGCAGAUCGCCAAGCUUACAGGUGUACCAGUGGAGGAGGCGAUGGGGCGCUCGUUCCUGCAAGAGCUGGUGGCGGAGGAGAGCAAGGCGGACACUCAGAGACUGCUCGUGUCGUCAUUACAAGGCCGGGAGGAAUCAGACGUGGAAAUACGUCUCAAGGUGUGGCGCAGCGGCGUGCCGGCGGGGGUGCUGAUCAUGCUCGUGAACAGCUGUGCCAACCGGGACAUUCACAACCAGAUCGUGGGCGUGUGCCUCGUGGGGCAAGACAUCACCACUCAGAAGAUCGUCAUGGAUAGGUACAUUCGAUGUGAGGGAGACUACCGCACAAUCGUCCACUCGCCAAAUCCCCUCAUCCCACCAAUCUUCGGAAUGGACGAGUACGGCAUCUGCAGCGAGUGGAACACCGGCAUGAGCCGCCUCACAGGGCUGGGGCGCGGGGACGUGCUGGGGAGGCUGCUGCUGGGGGAGGUGUUUGGGCUCGACAUGGCCAUGCUCAUGCUGAGGGACGAGGAUGCCAUGACUGAACUUGAGAUCGUGGUCAACUGCGCCAUGGAGGGGCAUGAGGAUACCAGUAAUCAUCCGUUCUCGUUCUUUGCACGAGAUGGCAAACUGCAGGAGGUGUUACUAACGGUGAGCAAGCGCACGGACGUGGACGGCCGUAUAACGGGCGUCUUCUGCUUCCUCCACUCCAUGAACCGCGAGGUGCAGGAGGCUCUUAAAGCCCAGGCCGCCGCCGAGACCGCCGCACAGGCCCGUAUAGCGCAAUCAGACGUGGCCAGAGAAAGCCUCCGGGCGCCCCUUGACGGUCUAGCCUUCAUCCGCCUGUCUCUGCAGCGCUCUGCUAGCCUCUCACCCGACCAGGUUCAGCUGCUGGAGACAGCUGCGGCGCUGGAAGAGCAGAUGAGAACGAUUCUGGCCGAUAUGGCGGAUUUGAAUGCGGUGGAGGAGGGUUACUUAGACGUGCAGCGGGUGGAAUUCUCCCUAGUCUCAGUGCUGAACGCGUCCCUAAGCCAGGCGUCAGGAGCAGCGAUUGCCAAGGGGCAACAACUCGUCUGCUCAGUACCCAGCCCCAUGAGAGUGCGAGUAUUCGGGGAUCCCACACGGUUACAACAGGUCCUAGCGACAUGUCUCCGCACGGCCGUCGAGCACACCCCGCCGACUGGUUGGAUCGAGUUGAAGCUAGAAGCGCCGAUGAGAGGAGCGGCGGAUGUGCCGCCCCCCCAGGGGCACCCGUCGGCUGAACGGUUCAGAUUCACCGUCGCGCAUUCAGGGGACGGGGUGCCGGGGCCGCUGGUGCAGGUGCUGGUGGGGAGAGGGGGCGUGGCUGCGACGGGGUUGCAGGGCAUGGCGCUGCGGUUGUGUAGACGGCUGGUGCAUCUGCUGGGGGGGGAACUGGGGUAUGCCUUUGAGAGCGGACGGUGCUGCUUCAGAUUGGACCUGCAGUUGCCAGUCAAGCACAAGGCUGAAGCUACAGCUGGGAGCAGGGCGUGA